AGCUGAGGGCGCUCUGCGGCCGGGCAGAGCCGGGGCUGGGGACGGGCUCCGGCGGCGGGACCCAGGUAGCUGAGGCCGGGCAGAAUCUCAUUUUCAGCUUCUGCCAGAUAGCGGUUGGGAAAGAAGGCUGUGCUCUUUAAAGAGUGUCAACCAACCUCAAAGAGCAGGAUGGAUCUUGACGUGGUUAACAUGUUUGUGAUUGCGGGUGGGACACUGGCCAUCCCAAUCCUGGCAUUUGUAGCUUCAUUUCUCCUGUGGCCUUCUGCGCUGAUAAGAAUCUAUUAUUGGUACUGGCGGAGGACGUUGGGCAUGCAGGUCCGCUAUGUUCACCAUGAAGACUAUCAGUUCUGUUAUUCCUUCCGGGGCAAGCCUGGGCCCAGGCCCUCCAUCCUCAUGCUCCAUGGAUUCUCUGCGCACAAGGACAUGUGGCUCAGUGUGGUCAAGUUCCUUCCAAAGAACCUACACUUGGUCUGCGUGGACAUGCCAGGACAUGAGGGCACCACUCGCUCCUCCCUGGAUGACUUGUCCAUAGAUGGGCAAGUCAAGAGGAUACACCAGUUUGUAGAAUGCCUUAAGCUGAACAAAAAACCCUUCCACCUGGUAGGCACCUCCAUGGGUGGCCAUGUUGCUGGGGUGUACGCUGCUUACUACCCAUCAGAUGUCUCCAGCCUAUGCCUCGUAUGCCCUGCUGGCCUGCAGUACUCAUCUGAUAAUCAGUUUGUACAGCGGCUGAAAGAACUGCAGGAUUCUGCUGCUGUUGAGAAGAUUCCCUUGAUCCCGUCCACCCCAGAAGAGAUGAGUGAAAUGCUCCAGCUCUGCUCAUAUGUUCGUUUCAAGGUGCCCCAGCAGAUCCUGCAAGGCCUUGUUGAUGUCCGUAUCCCUCAUAACAACUUCUACCGGAAGCUGUUUUUAGAAAUCGUCAAUGAGAAGUCCAGAUACUCUCUCCAUCAGAACAUGGACAAGAUCAAAGUCCCAACGCAGAUCAUCUGGGGAAAACAGGACCAGGUGCUCGAUGUGUCUGGCGCAGACAUGUUGGCCAAGUCAAUUGCUGACUGCCAGGUAGAACUUCUGGAAAACUGUGGGCACUCUGUGGUGAUGGAGAGACCCAGGAAGACAGCCAAGCUCAUCGUUGACUUUUUAGCUUCCCUGCACAACACAGACAACAAUAAGAAGCUGGACUGAGGUGCCAUCUGUAGCCUGCAUUCUGCACAUGGCAUCUACUCCCAUUCCCAAAUCUGACACGGCCACCACUCUCAGGGAUCCUGCCCCAAAUGCGGUCGGUGUGCCAGCAUCCCUGAGGAAACCAGUCCACUCUCCUAGGUAUCCACAAUUCCACAGAGCUCCGGGGGCCAUGAGAAAAUCUCCAAGAUCUUUUUCACAAAACAAAAACUUAUAUGAAACAAAAUAAGAAACCCAGCCAUGAAAUCUACCAAGAAGUCUUCAAGUUCAUGUCAUUGAUGAACUUGUGCAAAACAGCCACCUUGGACCAUAAUCGCGGAGGACAUUUUAAGACAUUCUUUAUAGACUAAGACUGGAUAUUUUUGUUGCUUCAGAUCUAUUUCCUUGCAUGGUCAGUGGCUUUAAUAAGAGCAUUAGUCCCCAUUCUCUGAACCCUCUUGUUUAGGUCUAAUUUAAGUUUUACAUAGAGACUCAUGUGUGAAUGUAGUCCAUGAGAGGCAAGACCAGGGAGGAAAAUGACAAGGUAUAGUGUAUUUCCACACACGGAGGGGCACUGUUCUACCCCAGCCAGCCCCUGGACCUGCCGGAGCAGCAGAGCACAUGGGUGGGUGGUUUUUUGGGCACCCAUAAAAUCAGGUAUGUCAUGAGUGAACCCAGAAUAGUCACAGAAUGAAGAACACUUGGCAGGGUGGGUUUCCUAGGAAUAAUUUAUUGUUUUUAAAAAUAGGACUAAUAAAGCAAUAAUGUUCUAGACAUAUCUCUAAACAAUCAGACUCAGAUUCCACACGUAAGCAACAAUUUGUAGGCCUCGUUUCUAUUCUGCACUGAAACCCUUGGAUUUAAAAUAUCUGUUAAUGAAUUCUGUGAAUUCUGUGAACAGUAGUUGAGAAUAAGUCUAAACAGCUAUAAAAGGGACCACAAUGACAUGAAAUAAGAAGUCUAGAUUGGCAAC